UCGCCUCAGCUCAUUCCGCCAUCGUCGGCCGUGGUGUGUGGACGUGACCAUCUCGCUCAGCAAUUAAAAUAACGAAUAAAUAAAUAAUAAAAAAAAGAAACAUUUACAACUGCAUGUGAGACGGGAGAAAUCAAGUGGGGAGUUGCGACUCGUGCUCCGGACAAUUAUAUUAUUUAAUUUAUCUCGUGUGUGAUUUAUUGAAGUUCAGUUGGUGUUUUCGCUGUGGAUUAAUUUUUUGUGAUUUAAUUUGUGUUGUGAAUGUAUUAUUUGUGAUUUUUUUUCAAGAGUAAAUCCGUGACACCUGCGCACCAUUGCGUGAAGAUAAUCGAGUAUUUCUACGCAUCAGCACAACGUCAGAUUGAAAAAUGCCAGAAUUCCGCAGGAUUUCCACCGUGUGAUGAAUUCAAUUGACGAAAUAUAAUGGAGUCAUUUUGGAGCGGUUAUUUACUAUGAGUUAAAGCCCCGUUAUCAAUUGAGACUGGCAUGGAGAAGGAGAACUCCGCGUCGGGCGGAGGUGGGGGUGGAGAUACAACAGCAACAACGGCAACACCGGGCUCGGUAGCCAGCUCCGUCUCUGAUAAAUUACAAGCGGAUCAAGCUAACCCGCUCCUUGAUCCCAGUGCGCUAUUCGGUGCUUAUUGGCCACGUGGCGAUAGUGCAGCAUCUUCACUGUUUGGUGGUAUGCCUGGUGGUUAUGGACUCGGUGCACAUCAUCUGCCCUCGGCCUAUGCAAUGCUGGGACGUGGUGGUGCAGCACCUGGUUUUGGUGGUCACACACCCGCAUCAGCACCACCACCACCGCCACCACCGUAUUCACACGCGAGUCUUGGAACACUCAGUGUUGCUGCCAGUCAAGCAGCCAGUUUAGGUAUAAAUUCAGCAAGUGCAGCAUGGUGGACAAUGGCGUCCCACUUAGCAGCUCAGGAUUAUCUAGCCAGGUUACAAGGUGCUGGCUUACCUGGUUUUCCCCCAGGUGCUGAGAGCCUACUACCCCCGUAUCCAGCAUCACUGCUAAAUCCACCGUCGCUAUCGUCGUCGUCCCACAAGUCCAGUAAGUCUAAGUCAAGUAAGAGUCAUAAACCAGCAGCGACCAGCAGUAGCAGCAGUACUACGAAUAACAAUAAUUCCACGACACCGAGUACUCACACUAGUAGUUUGUCUGUAAGUCAAGCAUCUGUAACAACGAGCCAUCACAAUACAACACCAACUACGAGUUGCAAUACGACGACUACCCAGGCCAAUGUUGUUAGUAGUCCUCCAGCGAAGGAAGGAAGUUCUGAUUUUAGUGAUCCGAGCAGUAUCCUGGGGGGCGUGAGACUUCCACCGGACACUGAAAUCAUAAAGUACACAUCGAGUAUUGUUGGACCAAAGGUUCCAGGUACGACGAAUCGCGGUAGGAAAAAGACAAUAUCAUUAGAUUCACCGAGUGUAAGUGUUCAUCCACCUUCAGUGCAGGCACUCAGUGCUCAUCAGACUACCCCAACUACCUCAUCCCUGGUCAUGGAGCCGAGAAAAUUCAAUCGUACACCAGUGAGUGAAUCGAGUGAAUACAGGGACUCCGUGGAUCGUGUGGAAGUGAUAAAACUACCGGCCCAUUCAACCAACGGUUCAGUAUUAACGGCUCCUCCAUUGUACACCAUGAGCAACACCAGCAGCAACUCCAACGAGGCUGACGCACCCCUGAAUCUGUCAUUGAAGCCAGCAUCAACGAGCAGCAGUUCACCGAUAUCAGGCAGUCAACCUCUCAGUCAACUAAGCAAUCUCAGUCAAUCACUGUUGGCGUCCGAUCGUACCUCCCGACGGAAACCAGGCCCCAAACCACGACGGGUUCCACAAAACUCGGUAACAGUGCCAGCAUCGCCGAGCCCCUCGCUCGCUCAGCUGUUCACUGCCGCUGAUUCCCCACAACGUCCCAGCAGCGGAAGUGAGGAGAGUGAAACAACUCCGAUACACCAGAAAGACGGUAGACCAAGAAAUUUGGGACGCGGUGUAUCGAAACCCAAGAAAAAUACAGUGGCAUCGUUAUUGGCUCAGAGUCGUGCUCUGGGGAUAAAACCCACCCCAACACUGGAUCCAAAUGUACCAUUGUCCCAUCAAGUAUCGUUACUUAGAUCUAAUAUACUUGCUGCGCAAUUACAUGCGUCAGCAACCGGUCAAAUUGAUGAGAAGGGUCAACGUUCCUUGCAGGAAAAAAUGAAGAACAAAUUGCUUGAGGUUUCCGGUGAGGAAAGUAACAUGGACGUGACAAGUGAGAGUGGUAGUAAUACGGAUGUUGUCACUGAUACCGAUGAUGAUAAUGCGGAUGGCAUGCCGAGUGCUAAAAGACGAAAAUUGAAUCCCAGUGAGAAGGAUCUACAGGUACCUCUGGAAAGGGGUUGGAAGAGGGAGACGGUUAUCAAGGGGUUGGGGAAAACUGGGGUCAUUAAGGGAGAUGUUACUUACUACAGCCCUUGUGGAAAGACCUUCAGAAAUAAUCAGGACUUAUUCAAGUUUUUGGAGAUUCAAAACCCAGCAGAACUGACAACCGCCAACUUCUCGUUUUCAUCGAAACCUCUCGUUGGGGAAUUCCUCCAGCCAACAAUGGGUUUGGCCGAGGCUGAAUUCGUGAGACUGGGAGCUCAGGAAGUAGCCCGAAGGCUGGAGGAACUCAGAGCGGCGGGGGGAUUUCGAGAUGUGAGGCCAACAAGUCAAUAUGAGAGAGACAAGUUGGCAUAUGCUAAGAAACUGGCGAAGGAGGAGGCACAGAGACACAAAGAGCAAGCUAGAUUGAUAAAGGAACAGGAAAAGACUGAGAGGCAGGAAGCUGUGCGACGAGAACGCGAGAUUAGGAAUCAGCAGCUCCUGGAGGGUCGGAAGAGGCUUGCGUUCACGAUAAAACAGAAGAUGAAGAUCAUACAGGAAAUAGAACGUGGAAAGAGUAAGAGCGAUGUGGCAAGGGAAUUGGGUCUGGCUAGCAGUACAGUCGCUACAAUCUGGAAAAAUCGUGUCAGUAUAGCUGAGAGCUGGAGAAAUCGUGAUAUGAUGCAAACAGACAGUGAAAUGGAGCAAAUUGGAAAGAAAAAUAUACUACAGAAUAAUGUUAUUGUCCCUGGAGCAAUGUCAACACCUCCGAUAACUACAUCACCAUCGAUAAUAGCCCUGUCAAGUACACCAUCGUCUACAUGUAGCUCAAUUCCAACAUCACCAUCGCUGAAUUCACAGGCAUCAGUGGAGAUCCAGCAACCACAGACACAAACGCUUAACCAGGAACUCCUGGAGGCGAGAAAAAAAAGGCAGGAGGAAGUUGAGAAAAUUCGGAUGGAGGAGCAACAACGAAAACAACAGGAACGCGAACUGAAACGUCAACAGGCAGUGAUGCUGAAAGAACAGAUGUACAUGCAGGAGCUCAGCAAGCAGCGCGAGAUGCUCUACACCGUCGAGUUGGAGCGUGAGAGGAGACGGCAGCAUAUGGGGCUGAUACGAUCCUUGGAGAAUCGUCGGCGGAUGGAGGAACGUGAGAAAAAACGUCUGGAGGCACGCGCCGAAAGGCUUGCCACCAAGGAGAAGCGCGCUGAACAGAGAAAACUCGAGAUGGAACUGGUGGAGCAGAUCAGGAAGCCGGUGGAGGACAUGGAACUGACAGAUCAUAAACCCCUACCCCCGAUAAAACGCAUUCCCCGGCUGAAGCUCUCUGGGGAAGCCUUUGCAGAAAUAGUAAUGGUCUUUGAAUUUCUUCACAACUUCGGGGAAACCCUGGGCUUCGACAUGGAGUCUCUGCCCUCCCUAAAGAGUCUUCAGCUAGCCCUCCUGAAUGAUGAGGAGGCCGAGGAAGAGAUGCUCUCUGUGAUGACGCACCUGCUGGUCUGUGCGAUAGAGGACCCGGGUAUUCCCCAGCCAGCGCGUCACACGACAGGCCUCGGCCAGUCCCUCCGUCAAGCCGACAUCACCCAUGCCAACAUCAGCGAGGUCCUUAGGAUCUACCUCUAUGCCAAUGCAACAGGUGAAGUUAAAGCCCUGACAGGCGUUUGUUUGGAACGCGAACGAGAUAAAAAAUUCGCUGAUCACCAUCAAAACGGGGGGGACUAUCCCUCCACUCCAUCAGGAAAGAAUGCCCAAUUUUACGAGCACCUGCACAACAACGAAACCUGGAAGAUGUCGGAGAGAUUGCGAGACAAGCCCUUCCUGGCGCUUAAUCCAACGCACAAAGCUCAAAUGCUGGGUUUUCUCUGCAAUGAAUUGCUUCAAAAUAAAGCUGUGAUACGUCAAAUUGAGGGGAGCCUGGAGACAGUGGCCCAGCUGAAGAAGGAGCGUUUUGUCCUUGACACGAAAAUCCGAAAGCUGCGACAGUUGCAUAGUAGAAAGGUCCGGAUGGAAGCUGUUGGAGUGAUCAUCAACAAAACAGGUGAUACGAUAACAAUUGAGAAGAAAGAGGCCGAUGAAGAGACAAACACAUCAAGUACGAAUAAUAAUCCUACGAUAGAUACAACCCCAACUCCAGAAGAGAUUCACCACGAGGACGAGGUGGAAGACAUGUCUGAGAAUGAAUCAGAAGGUACACAGCCAGAGGAGGAGGAGGACAAGAAUCUUUCAGCUGAGGAGCUUGGAAAAAAACUUGAUAAACUUCUGAAACAGUCUGAGGAGCAAUUGCAGAAGCUCAAUGGCUCCUCAAAGCAGCUUCGAGCCCACGUUUUCGGGCAAGACAGGUAUUGGAGGAGAUACUGGGAGCUCCCUUGCGCUGGGGGCAUUUUCGUGGAGGCGAUGGAGAGUGCGGAGCCAGAGGUGUUGGAGUUGCAGGCUCAACUCGAUGAGAAGUGGAAGGGAAAAAUAGUCGAGGAGAAGGUUGAGGGGGUGAAGGGUGAAAGUAAUGAUGAUAAAAAGGAUCAUGGGGAGUCCCCCAGCAACGAUGAAUCAGAGGAAAGAGUUCCGUUGUCCAGGACUGUUGAGAUCGAUCCUGAGGCUAAUGAGACUCCUGUAAAGAAGGAGGUGAAUGAGGCUCUGAAAACUGAUGACAACCUAACGAGUGAUGCCAAGACUAAUGUCACUUCGGAGGAGAUAAAGCAGGAGACUGAGAUGGAAGUUGACCCUAAAAUUGAAAAGUGCGAGGAGAAAAGUGAGACUGUCAAUGGUGAUAAGUGUAAUCAUCUUCACAGUCUGCCCAAUGGGAAGGAUAUUAAUGGGGGUGUUGGUGAGGUAGAUAUGCCCUGGUUCUCCAUACUGCCUAGGGAGACUUGUGACACAUCGGGACCGAGCAGUAAACAGAUAUUUGGAAUAGCUGAGGGCGCUGAGUUGCGGAUUCCAAUUUUCCCACCGCCAGCUAGUCCAGGUUACGAGCGUUGUGACAGUCCAGCGCCUCUGAUUUUAACACAGGACGAGGCAGCGCAGCUGGAAUAUCUGAAGAUUCAUGGGCUGCCACCACCAGGCGAUGCUAAACCUGUUCCUGAGGAUUUGAGGUACGGCUGGUGGAGGAUCGCUGAUGUUGACACCUUCCAAGAGCUUCUGGAGCACCUGCAUUCGCGAGGAGUGAGGGAGAAGGAGCUGAAGAGGACGACUUGGGCCACUAUGGAGUCCUUCCUCGCUGUUACUGGGAAGAUCCAUGUGGAUCCUGGGAAUACUUCGGCGACUGAUCUGGGAGGCGGGGAGGAGGAGGAGGACGACGACGAGGAGGACGAGGUACCCAGACCGGAUAAUCCGAGAGAUUGGAGUGAGGCUGUGGCUCUCAGAGUCGAUGCGCAACUAUUGGAGCAGGUGGAGGCACUCGAGGACAAGGUGGCUAAUGCCAGCAUGCAGGUGAAGGGGUGGAAACUACCGCCCAGGGCGGGGAGUGAAGAGGCGGAUGAAAUUGAGAAGUUCAAUGAGAUGGAGAAAAUCAAUGCUGUGGAGCAGGCUAGGCAGAGAUUGCUCUCGUUGGAGGCCGCUAUCGAGAGGAGAUAUUUGAAACCACCACUGGGGGUCUGCACUGGCGACCCAAACUUGGCAGCUCUCAAAGCAGAACAAGCAGCUGCAGCAGCAAACGCAAAUUCGAACUCGUCAGACGGUGGAUCAGCCCCACCUCCACCCGAGGAAACAACACCACGUGGUUUGAACAAUUGGCGUGAAGCAACAGCGCGUGCACACACAUCAGCACAACUGGCAAUGGCCCUCUACAUGCUCGAGGCUAGCAUCGCUUGGGACAAGAGCAUCAUGAAGGCUGUGAGUCUAAUCCCAGCUAGAAACACAAUCUGCUUGAGUCUACGCAAUCGCAGUGUCUCGGUUAAAUCUACUGCUCGAUACAAUCUACUUUUGGCUACUUCUCAGGCCUCUAAUUGCCAGUUUUGCCACAGUGGUGACAAUGAAGACAAAUUGCUCUUGUGCGAUGGUUGUGAUCGUGGAUAUCAUACUUAUUGCUUCCGUCCAAAAAUGGAGAACAUUCCUGAUGGUGAUUGGUAUUGUCACGAAUGUAUGAAUAAAGCGACCGGUGAGAGAAACUGUCUGGUGUGUGGUAAAAGGGCUGGCAAGAAUCUGGUGCUCUGUGAGUUGUGCCCUCGAGCUUAUCACACCGAUUGCCAUAACCCCGUGAUGCCUAAGAUGCCAAGAGGCAAAUGGUAUUGCUCCAACUGUCACAGUAAACAGCCAAAGAAACGUAACAGUACAAGAAGGAGUCACAAUAAAAGUGGAGGCAACACCAGAGACAGUGAAAGUUCCGAUCAUCCGCCCGCUAGUCCAACGCCUUCAACGGCAUCAAAUACCCAUGGUGAUGAUACUAAUACCUCGGAACCACCAACACCAACGGCAUCACCACGUAAAGAGCCUAAUGCCAGGAAUUUAACAAAGAAACAACAACGUGAAUUAGCACCUUGUAAAUUACUGCUUGAACAGUUGGAGCAACAGGAUGAAGCAUGGCCUUUUCUGCUGCCAGUUAAUACUAAACAAUUUCCGACUUAUAAAAAAAUUAUUAAAACACCGAUGGACCUCAGUACUAUAAAGAAAAAACUGCAAGAUACUGUAUAUAAAUCACGUGAUGAAUUUUGCGCUGACGUACGUCAAAUGUUCAUAAAUUGUGAGGUAUUUAAUGAGGAUGACAGUCCAGUUGGCAAAGCCGGCCACGGUAUGCGAAGUUUCUUUGAAAAUCGUUGGACCGAAAUAACGGGUGCACCACCGCCUCAUCCACAAACCCAUAGCUGAGGAACGGGGAGAUCGCGCAAUACUUGUAACAGCUUUGCGCAUUUUUAUUACUGAAUACGAAACGAUAAAUGCAAUUAUCUUCUUUGUGAGACGAAUCAUCCUGAAACUGUUAUUUUCAGCCACGUUUUAGUGGUUCAAUACACUUUUUGCCAAGUUAAUAUUCAACAUUAAAGAACUGACAUUAAAAAUAUAAUACUCAAAGGAUUCAAUAAAUUAUCUCGUCAUUCUGAUACCGAGGGGAGGCAGUGGCAGUUACGAAUCAAGGAUAAAUAUUGUAUGAUACGAUCACUGUACUUACGAUGAAUACUUUAAUAAAUAAUACGCUGCCUAAAGCAUAGAUUGUAAUUUUAGGUUGUAUUAUAUUCAGAUGCCGUUGAAUAUAGAUUUUUCUUUCAUUUUCGUAAACGAUGACUUACCGAAUAAAUGAGAAAUUAUGAGAGAAUUUAUGUAAAUAUACACACGAGGCAGGAGAAUGGAAAUAUUCUGCUGUAGGAAAAUAACUGAAGAGGGGAUUUUUUUUUCUUCUUUUUAAAUUUAAAUUCUGUGUCAUUCCAUCGUGUAUUCCUUUCCAUUUUCGUCAUUCAGAGAGUUCAUUUUAGUUGAUUACGUUUUUUGAAUAUCAUUGUGACUGAAUAAACGAAAAGUUUACUGAUGUGUUCAUCAUUCUAUCGAUUUUAUAGAAAUCAAAUUAGUCAUUUGGAUUUCUCCCAUGAUAAUUCCAGCAACAUAGCUGUUGCUAAUUUUUUUUACCAAAAUAAUUUCAAGUCAAUUGAGUUCUAUUUGUUUUUUUUCGGGAAAUUGCCUCACUAUGCACUAUUCGCGAGAAUGAUGGGAGGAGUGACUUCGUAGUGAUGAUAUUGAAUUUAAACAAAUAGAGUGAGAAUUAAAAAGACGAAUUUUGAUAUGAAUGGAGAUGAUUAUUCCAGGAUUAAAUGCUUCGCAGGGUGAUUGAUUUUACUGAUAAAUAAUAAUUAUUUCUCUGGUUUUCCCUAGAGAAAUAAUUGGGGAAAUGGUAACGAAUUGUUGGGAGUAGAAUCAGCAAUUGGAGGAGGUAUAAUAAAUCCUUUAUUUGACGAAUUUUCAUAGGAAAAAAAAAACGAACAAUGUGAGAGUAAAAGUGACCCCUUCCCGCUUUUUAUACGACGAGAGUAGACAGGAGAAUUUAGUUGAUAAACCGUCUGAUAUGGUAUAAAUAUAUACAUAGUAUUAUCGACUAAUUGUAAUAGGAUUUUCAAUUGGGCGGACAAUGACGAUUGUCACCGAUUGAUGGAUAUCGUUGAUAAUAGAUGAGGUGAUGAUAUGAGGAGUUGAAUGAGACGAGUAAGAGAAUCUAGGAACACUCGUAAACUUAUUAUUGUCUAUAUAGUAUAAAUGUGAGCUUACGAAAGGAAUAAAUAAAAUGAAAAUGAUGACAAACAGAUA